AUGGAAUCCCGUUCCCUCCUUGUUACCGGCGUCUCCGGGUAUAUUGGAGGCACGGUUUUGUCCGCCAUCUUGAAGACCAAAGAUCCCUGGGGCAAGGAUCUGAAGAUAUCAGCUCUGGUUCGCAACGAGGCCCAGGCUGCAAAGACCAGGGCGCUGGGAGUGACGCCAGAAGUAUGCCCAAGCUUCGAUGAGCUGGAUAAACUGGAAAGCAUUGGUGAAAAGUUUGAUAUCAUCAUCCACGCUGGGUCCGGAUGGCAUACGCCCUCUGCGAAAGCGCUGAUAAAAGGACAAGGUACACGGCGCCAAAAGACCGGCACCAGGGUGCAUUAUAUCCAGAUCUCGGGCACAUCCAAUCUGAGCGAUCGCCCGUAUACAGAGGGGUAUAUCGACAACCACCUUUUCUCCGACGAAGAAGAUAUAUUCUCGUAUGAGAAAUACAGGGAGUCUCGUGAAGUAUACUUCCAACGAACCACGGAUAUUGCUGUGGUCGAGGAUGGGGAGGCCUUUGGCGUGACCACUUACAUUAUAAUCGCGCAGACCAUCUUUGGUCUGGGAAGUGGCCCAUUCAACCGCUUUUCCAUGCAGCUGCCAAUAUUAAUCACAGACGCCCUGCAAACCGGGGGUUGUAGUGUCGUUUCCCACGGUGACACAAUCUACAACCACGUCCAUAUCGAAGACCUGGCCGCCCUGUAUUUGAUUCUACUCCGCAAUAUCUGCAUGAACGUUACCAUCCUUCUGGUCGCAAAGGGAUCUAUUUCUGCCGGUCACGAGUUGGGGGUUUUCUCAUCCAGUGAGGUCGCGAAGAUCACCAUUCAGGAAGCGGGUGAGAAGUGGGUUUCUGGCAACACUGCUGGUGCUGAAUUGGGGUUUGCGUCUAACUCUCGUAUUAAAGCCGUUCUUGCUCGAAAACUAGGAUGGACUCCGUCGUAUGCUGGAGAAUGGGAGAAAACGUUCCGCACUGAGCUGACGGAAUUUAUCAAAAAUCCUCCUGUUGGGCGAGAUAUGCCCAAAAUACCUGAGAAAUUUGAUUUGUAG